AUGGCGACUCCCAAAGACGUACCCGAGAUCAUCCAGCUGUGGUACACAGUCUUCAGCAUCCCGGCCAUGCUCGAGCUCUGGCCCGACACUCCCGGGGUGCGAUGGUGGUGGGAAUCGGCCAUUCGCCAGGACAUGCUCCACCGGCCGCGCGAAAAGUAUCUGAAGGUGGUGGAUUCCUCCGGGGGUCGGAUCGCCGCCUAUGGCAAGUGGUCUCUCCAGAGUGCAGAAGAGCGCGGGCCCCGUUUCCCCCCCUGGCAUCCUGAUAUGGACGCUCGCCACAACGAUCGGUUCUUUCAGGUGCUGGAGAGUAACCGCGCCAGAGCCGUUGGGGAUGGCAAAAGAAAGAAUUUCUAUUUCGAUAUGCUCGCUACGCAUCCCGACUAUCGUAGGAUGGGGGCGGCUCGGUUGCUCCUGGAAUGGGGAUGCCAGGUGGCUGAUCAGGAGAGAGCCCUGGUCUACCUUGAUGCCACGGACCAUGGCAGACCGAUAUAUGAAGGCUUUGGGUUCGUGGAUCGGGGUGACGCUCAGAGCCAGAGCCACUUCACCGGACUGGUGCCUAUGCUGAGAGAACCCAACGGAGGGCGACGUAAAUGGUGA